GUUUUUCAUCACAGGGUCAGGGGCCAAAUCUCUGCCAUGCCUGCCUGUGAAACACAUCUGAAGCCAGUCUGGCAUAUAGCCCUCUGCCCUCUUCUUUUUUUUUUUUUCUUUUUUUUUCCACUGAGCAGGAUGUAGUUGCAGCAAAUUCCUUUGAUCACUGCAUCGCCGCAAUCAGAAAUGUGCACUCCUUAAUGCCCUGGCACGAAAGAGCAAAGUGAAAAUCCUGCACAGUUGUUGCAUUUCCACAGCAGCCUUAUCAGUAUCUGACAAGAGGGAAAUGAGAAAGUGCUCAGGGAGAGUGCAAAUGGUCAUGUAUUGGACAGCCUACUCUGGACGUCUCUAGUCUGUCCAAACAAACACUGUUUCUCCCUCCACCCCCCUCCGGUUCCAGGGGUUAUCACAGACCCCCGGCAGCACCCCCACUGCCAAACCCACCCCACCUGAGCUCCUGCUGCUGUCCAUUAGUACAGCCCCAGCCUGGUCUCACGCUGCAUUCGCACUGAAGGCAACACAGGAUACAGGCUGGCCGACUCGUAUCGUAUCGUAAACUGGAGGCAGAGUUGAGGAAACAGCAUGUCAGGGAAGGAAGAGCUGAAGCUGCUGGGAAAAAACAUUUUGCUCCGACUAUUCAGAGCCUGUUUCUGAGUCACUCUGCAGCAGGUCCGAGGCAGAACAGAGACACUUCCCGGCAACCGGUCAACAUACGAGAAGAAAAGGAAGAAAGAAAGAAGCAAAGAACAAGGGAUUAGAAACCCAAACUUUUGUCUGUUGAACAUCCUGGAGAUCUGCAGAGAGGAGCUCUAGAUCAGGAGGAAAUUCCUGAAAUUUCUCUACAUCUGAGCUUCUGAAACGGACACACAGCAGAGACGAUGAGUCUGUCACGGAACGGGACGCUGGAAAAGACGACGUCUGAAGGCCGGCCCUCCUCCAGAGCGGGGUCAGCGCUCGUGGUGCCGCCCCCUUACUCCCUGGGUGGCGGCGAGGCCCCCGGCGGCCCCCUGGAGCUGAGGGGGUCUCUGGACUGCUGGGCCUGCUCCGUCCUGGUGACCGCGCAGAACCUCAUCAUCGCGCUCAUCAACGGCGGGCUGGCCAGCAUCAUUUUCGGCGUCAUCCUGACCCCCGCUCUGGUCAUGGUCACGUUCGGAUUCCUCUGCCACUCCACAUUUUUCCAGGGAUUCGAUAUUGUUUUCUCAGAUCUCGCCGGAAUGAUCUGGGGGCUUAACUUUUUAACGUCUUGCAGCUGCGGCAUGCAGCUCCAGCUUCUCUGCCCGGUGCAGCCCCACGGGACGUCCCUGUACUGCUCAGACCUGCUGGACGACACCAGCUGCGUGGCUCUUCUGGUGGUGGGCUUCCUGCUGCUGACCCCUCUGCUGGUGCUGGCGCUCGCCGCCUACUGCCGCCUGGCUCGGCACCUCCAGCUCGGCAUGUGCUUCAUUCCCUACAGCCGCGCCGUCUACAAGAACCUGCCCACCUCGCGCCAAGGGCCCAGCGCGGGAGGCUGCUGUGGCCAAAAGGAAGGAAAGGAAAGGGACGGAAAGGGCAGCGUUUGGGUUUAGGAGUAGAAGAUGGACGGGCAGUGUAGUUGUGAGCAAAAGUCUGAAUAAAUACCCUCAAAAUAUCUUA